GACCCGGGCAGGGUGGAUUUGGGGGCGUAUGGCCGGGAGGAGGAAUUUCCGGCGAGAGGGGGAGCGGGUAUGACGGAGUUGGGGCUGGGACUGCCGGAUUUAUGGAGAAUGUAAGAGCAUCGGGAGGAUGGAGGCCUCCGAUGGCGCGAAAUUGGACCGGGCAUACCCAAUUUGGGGCGGAUUCUAGGGUACGGAAGCUGAAAAUGCCCAUUUUCGAGGGCGAGGAUGCCUAUGGAUGGGUGUAUAGGGUAGAACGCUAUUUCGCCAUCAAUGGACUCUCAGAGAGGGAAAAACUGAUAGCGGUGGCGUUAUGUUUGGAGGGAGAGGCCCUUGCGUGGUUUCAAUGGCGAGAACAACGGCAACCAUUGAGGACUUGGGGUGAAUUUAAGGACCGGCUGCUGCAGCGAUUUUGAGCCACUCAAGAGGGAGAUCUACAUGAACAGUUUUUUGCCCCGAUCCAGGAAGACAGUCAUGGAGUAUAGGGAGAAGUUCGAGUUGCUAUCGGGUCGCUUAGGGGAAAUCUCAGAAGCGGUGUUGGAAGGGAAUUUUAUGAAGGGACUGAAGCCGGAGAUCCGAGCGGCGCUGCGUUUGCUGAGACCGAGAGGGUUAGGGGAGACGAUGGAGUUGGCACAGAUGAUUGAGGAUAAGAAUACAACGGCGCGGGUCAAUAGGAGCAACACAGUUGGCUUUUCAUACCAAAACAGCGCACCACCAGGCGGGCAGAAAACUCAGACGUUGGGAUUUCAGAGAGAGACCCAAAAGGAUCGGGAUAGUGGGGUACGUCCGGGAGGGACUAUCAAGCACCUCACUGAGACAGAGAUUCAGGAUAAGAGGGCGAAGGGGUUGUGCUUUCAAGGCGAUGAGAAAUUUUUCCCAGGGCACCGAUGUAAGGACCGUUCACUACAAGUCUUGACGGUGUGUGAUGACGAGGAAGGCGUAGAAGCAGCUGAAGAAGAAGAGUGGAUGGAGGAAGAACACCUGCAUUUAGAUGUGGCUGAGGUGUCGCUCAAUUCAGUGGCGGGGUUCACACCGAACCAUUCCAUGAAGAUUAAGGGUAGGAUUGGAGAGCAGGAUGUGGUAGUGUUAGUUGACAGUGGGGCCACACACAAUUUCAUUUCCAACCGCAUGGUGGAAAAGAUAGGGCUCCAGUUGACUGACACUGGGAGUUUUGGGGUGACCUUGGGACCCGGAGUGUUAGAAACGAGCCGAGGAAUCUGCAAGGGGUUGAUUUUGUCGCUCCAAGGAAUUCAAGUGUUAGACGAUUUCCUACCCCUGGAUUUGGGAAGCACGGACGUGAUUUUGAGAAUGAAGUGGCUUCAAACGUUGGGAGCGAUGAAGGUGAAUUGGAAGCUGUUGAGUAUGAAGGUAGGAAACCAACCAGUAAUUCUGAGAGGCGAUCCGAGUCUGUGUCGAACCUUGGUGUCACUGAAAACCAUGGUGAGGGCGAUUAAGAGGACCAGGGAAGUGGCUUACCGAUUGCGGUUGCCACCCUCUUCAGCGAUUCAUCCAGUUUUUCAUGUAUCUCAGUUGCGUCAGGCGAUCGGCGAACACACAUCAUCUUCUUCGUUACCACCCACAUUGACAGAGGAUAUGGAAGUGGUGAUGGAACUGUCCGCUUUAGAAGGCGUGCGCCGGGAAGCAACAGGUAAUAAGGAGGUGCUGAUUAGAUGGAAGAACUUGCCAGAUUACGAGGCAACAUGAGAGCCAUUUGAAGUAAUUCAACAGCAAUUUCCUGAAUUCCACCUUGAGGACAAGGUGUCUUUUUGGGAGGGGAGUAAUGUUAGGCCCAUAAUUACUUAUGUUAGACGUGGGAAUAAGAGGGCAGGGGUAGUUUAGUCUUUUGAGUGUUCUAUGGAUUUAGGGCUUUAGUAUAAAGAGGGCAUUAGCAAGUAAUUAGGUUUAUGCUGAGUUUUGUCAAGUUAUUAGGAAUAGUUAGGCGUUUUGGAGAGAUUGACCUACCUCUCGAAUUGUAGGUCAGGAUUUGUCUUUCAAUUUACUUGAUUAAUAAUAAUAAGUCCUAAUUCAGCUCUAAUCUCAAUUGAUUCUUCUCUGAGUCCUAUCAGAUUCUUGGAUAAGAAAAGGACAUUAAUGGAUGGAUCUUUGUCUGGCACGGAUUGUAUCUGUAUUUACAGAUACUUCUACCUAUCUUAAAAAAGAAAAAGAUAAGUUCAUUCUUUUUUUUUUUUCAAUUGAUUAAUUUAGUUCUUUUAUAUCAUCACUAAUAUUUUUAUAUUUUGCAGGUCCAAAAUGAUGUCUCCAUCAACUUCAUGAUCUCAGGAUCUUUAUGUCCUUUU